CGCAAGCUUGAAUUGAUUUCUUCGGGCGAUUUUCUGACGCGAGUUCCGAGGGAUUUAUGAAACCUUCAACCGGAUAUCAUCAGGGGACUGCUUGUGAACGUGAUCUCUGGUGGGAGUGAGCGUUCUGCUGCAUUGCACAGAGCUUCUAAGAGGAUAGUGGUCGCCAUCUUUGGAUGUCUGUGUCGCUUCGCUCGGCAUUUCCCUAUCGGUAGCUGGUCAAAAUAUCAAUCUGUCCUCCAUCUGUUGACAAGUAUUCUAAACCUCACUUGCUGGUGUGACAUGUCCGCUUCAGGCCCUUCUUCCGUUCCAAUGGACAUUGAUACGCCUGUCGAGACGGGUGAAGGCCAAGCUGGAAGCUCGAUCAUGGGCGCUUUAGCCGCUUCAGUGGCGCCGUUCCAUACCUACCCAAAGCAGCCCUUCGCUUCUAUCGAAUACCUCGGACCAGUCUCCCAUCCGAGCGCUAUCCUCAAAAUCAUCACUCAGGAGGACAUAAAUACAUGCCUCAACUCUACGGAGAAGACUGUCGAGGCUAGAUCCAUCGAUAUGAGGUACAAACCCGGAGACUUGUACGCUAUCCCCGUCAAAGGUCUCAAAGUGCCUUCACAGAAGUUGCUCUUGAAAGUGGUCAGGAAAAAGAGGAGACCUCAAGAGAGAGACACAGAGCAUGGAGCCCGAACUACUACAAGUCCGUCAAGGAAAGGAAAGCAGAGAGAAGGGACGGAGAAUGGCAUCUUUACAGCUGAAGUUGUGGGGCCUUUGACCCAGACUAUCCGUUUCAAAUCCAUGGGAGAUUGGCACUACACGCCGGAUCAACAAGGUCGCACAGCCCAGAUAAUUGGCGCCAUGAGAGAUCUAGAUUACGACGCUAUCCUGGAGUAUUCUGUACCUCCUUUGGACGAGACCUUUGUCGAACCAGUCUCACCGAGUGGUCAGGAUGGGGACGAUCCUAUGGAAGGCAGCUCUGGCACAACACAGCUGUAUCGUUCGCUGCUAGACUUACAAGCUCUACCAGUGUUCAGUGAUCGUCGAGUCCCAUUGAUUUGGAAUUACAAGAAUCACACUCAGGCCUACGUCGAAGACUACGAAGAUAAGCGAACUGGCGAGACGAAACAGCGAUACGUUAAUCGCGCAAGGCACGUCGCGUAUACCAUCCCUAUUAUUGGUCAUAACAGCAAGAAUGUCCCGAAGGAACCCGUAAAAGGUUUAAUGGAUAAGUUGAAAAAAGCGGAUCAGAGAAUCAUGGAGAAGAUGAGGAACCUUCUGGCUGAGAGGCCCGUGUGGCUUCGACAUGUCCUGUUGAGACAAUUCAGUGAGGCGGAUAGGCGGGUGAUAAUCUUAUCUAAGGCAUACUUCCCUGCAUUUGUGUACACCUUUGGCGCUGGUCCAUUUUGGAAAUGCUUGGUACGAUAUGGGUACGACCCAAGGCACCAUGUUGAAGCGAGACUCUAUCAACGGAUCUAUUUCUACCUCAAUGUCACCCGCAUCGGUCCACGAGGACACGCAUAUCACUCUCCACCGCCUGACGACGAUGACGAGGAGGAUGGCGGGAAGGCCAAGACUGGUUCCAACAUCACGACUCAAGCCGAGAGAAAAAGUCAAUGGGAGGCACAGCAGGAGAGAUUGAUAGCGGAAGGCAAGAGGCCGCCCUUUGAUCCAGAUCAAGAUUACAUUUUCGACGGCAAGAUCCUCCAACGAGACGUGCCUGAUUUCCAACUCUGCGAUAUCACUGAUCCACUCAUCCGGAAGUACAUUGAUGACCCCGCAUUGGUCGGUGACAAGUGUGCAGCUCACGAUGGCUGGUACAAGCCAGCUGCAUACGCCUUGAUUAAAGCUCUCACUCGUAUAAAAUUCACUCACAUUCGAGACAAUGACGAACCGGCUCCUGAUUCGAUUUGCUUCCAGGCGAUCGAGGAUUUCGAAGCAGCGAUGUUGGAGGGGAAAUCGGGGGAAGGAGGGUCGAGAAUGGCAGAUGAUGAUGACGAUGAGGAGCAUGAGGAGGAGGAUGAAGGGGAUGAAGAUGAGGAAGAGGACGAAGGCGGCGAGGGGGGCGAUGAUGCAGGAGAGGAAUGAUCGACACCUCUUAGGCCCUGAAUCCUCGGGUCGCGUAUCGGUUGGGAUUGGAAGGGUUUCUGUUUUGGGAUGAACCCAUCUACAUGCACAAUAGUACCUUCCGAGCACGAUAAUCUCAGUAUCCGAUACUCCAGCUGCCCGCCCUGCUCGCCUUGGCCUCGCCAUCCGCUUUGACCUUUCCAGGCAGCAGGGC